AUGAAGUCCGCUGCCGCCCUUCUUCUCCUCGGGGCAUUGUCCCCCUUUGUCUCAGCUGACGGCCUCAACGUCCGCGCCAAGGCCGCCGGCAAGAAGUAUUUCGGCACCGAGCUCUCCGCCACGGUUCAGAAUGACGCCUCCGCCAACGCCAUCGCCUCCAACCCGGACGACUUUGGGCAGUACACCCCGGAGAACGAGAUGAAGUUCGACGCCACCGAGCCUCAGCGCAACACAUUCUCCUAUGGCGCCGCCGACCGCAUCGUCGCCCAGGCUGACUCCCACGGUAUGAUCAUGCGCUGCCACGCCCUCGUCUGGCACCAGCAGGUGCCCGGGUGGGUCAGCAACGGCAACUUCGACAAGAACACCCUGAUCUCGAUCAUGGAGAACCACAUCGCCAACGUGGUGGGCCACUUCAAGGGCAAGUGCUACGCCUGGGACGUCGUCAACGAGGCGCUCAACGAGGACGGCUCGUACCGGACCUCGGACUCGGUAUGGGGCCGCACCAUCGGCGCGCAGACCUUCAUCCCGCUCGCCUUUGCGGCCGCGGCCAAGGCCGACCCGGGCGCCAAGCUCUACUACAACGACUACAACAUCGAGAAGCCCGGCGCCAAGUCCACGGGCGCCGUCAACCUCGUCAAGAUGGUAAAGCAGGCCGGGUCGCCGAUCCACGGCGUCGGCAUCCAGGGCCACUUCACCGUGGGCCAGGUCGGCGGUGCCAGCACCCUCGUGCAGAACCUGCAGCAGUUCACCGCCCUGGGCGUCGAGGUCGCCUACACGGAGCUCGACAUGCGCACCCCGGCGUCGUCGCCCAACCUGCAGCAGCAGGCGACCGACUUCGCGACCGUGGUGUCGGCGUGCAAGCAGGUCGACGCCUGCGUCGGCAUCACGACCUGGGGCUUCACGGACAGGUACACGUGGAUCAGCGACUCGGCGCCGCUCAUCUGGGACAAGAACCUGCAGAAGAAGCCUGCUUACAACGCCAUCCUGUCGGCGUGGGGCUCUGGAGGAGGCGGUGGCGGCGGUGGCAGCACGCCCACGACGACGAGCGCGCCUCCCUCGCAGAGUACACAGCCUGGCGGUGGCGGUGGCGGCGGCGGAGGAUGCACGGCUGCGCACUGGGCUCAGUGCGGCGGGAACGGAUACACCGGGUGCACAACCUGCGCGAGCCCUUAUACGUGCCAGUAUGGAAACGACUGGUACUCGCAAUGCCUGUAA